AAACUCCCGCUACCAAGUUCUCUGCGCCGGCAGGAGAUCUCUGAUCUCUCUGAGUUACAUAGGCAAUGACGUUCAAGAGGAGAAACGGGGGACGAAACAAGCAUGGCAGGGGCCAUGUCAACUUCAUCCGCUGUUCCAACUGCGGCAAAUGCUGCCCCAAGGAUAAGGCAAUCAAACGAUUCCUUGUUCGGAACAUCGUAGAACAGGCUGCGGUUCGUGAUGUUCAGGAAGCUUGCGUUUACGAUGGCUACACGCUUCCGAAGCUCUACGCUAAGAUGCAAUACUGUGUCUCGUGUGCUAUCCACUCUCACGUGGUUCGUGUGAGGUCCCGCACCGAUCGCCGCAAACGUGAGCCUCCUCAGCGUUUCAGACGCAGGGAUGAUAUGGGUAAGCCUGGACAGGGUCAGGGUCAACGCGCACCUGGGGCUCCAAAUCCUGUCCGUCCAUGAUGAGUUUUUUGCUUUAGUAUCUGGAAUUUAUAAUUCUGUAGCUCGAGGUGGUCAAUGUACUUAAACAAACGAUUAGUAUUUCAAUUUUGUCGCAGAGUUUUAUUAACUACCUUCUUGUUUGAAUUUGGGUACUUAAAUGUUACACAUUGAACAUUUGAAUAUUCUCUCAUAAUGGAAUUUUAGUUUCCUUA